AUGGCAGGCACGGAAGCAGCUUACUUCAUGACCGACAGAAGGAUCAAUACGAUUUUCGAAGUCGAUAACAAUUACAACGAAGAACAGAGAGAAGCAGAAGCGCCUCAAGAUGAUAUUGAAUCUACCCUGAAACCAUGGAUUUGUGUUCUGGGCGCCUUCACGUUUGUGAUACCCUCAUUUGGCUUUAUGCAAUCUGUUGGAACACUGCAAUCCUACCUUCAACUUAAUCAACUCAGCGAGUAUUCUACGGGUGACAUCGGCUGGAUUACCGGGAUGUAUAUGUUUCUCAGCUACUUUUUCACACUUCAGAUCGGCCCUAUUUGUGACCACUACGGGCCCAUGGUUAUUGGUUCCCUCGGCGUGGCUAUCACGAUUGCAUCAUUCCUUAUUCUGGCAGAGUGUAAUACCUACUGGCAGCUGAUGCUAUGUUUGGGAGUCCUUGGGAGCAUGGGUGGUGCUACGAUUGCUACCGUCGCUAUGUCUGUCGUCGCCAAGCUCUUCAGUCGUCGUCGAGGCCUGGCCAUGGGGAUCACAGUGACAGGAUCCUCGGUUGGUUCCAUCCUUUUCCCCAUAUUGCUCCGAUCAACAUUCACAGACCUUGGAUGGAGGUGGGCUAUGAGAAUAUUGGCGUUAGUCAUUGCAGGCAUUAUCGUUCCUGGACUUUUCUGCUUCAUACCCUUCCAGCGGCUUGUCAAGGGCCUACCACAUACCAUGCCCCAAAGCCACGCCAAAGCCGCUAUUAAUUUUGCCGCCUUCCGUUCGUACCCUUUCACUUUUGUCACUGGAGGAUCGUUUUUAUUAGAGUUCGCUAUAUUUUCUAUCGCUGGGCUCUUGCCGAUUAUCGCGACCAAUACCGGCUUUAGCCCAGAAGAUGGCUAUACACUGCUGUCUAUACUUGGAGUCGGCUCAUGUGUCGGACGAAUUCUUCCUGGCAUAUGCGGCGACCUGGUUGGACCUUUUAAUACGAUUCUGAUCAUGACAGCUAUAACGCUAUUGUUCAUGACAACUUUGUUCAUACCAUUCGCCAGCAAGUCAGAAUCUGUAUUAUAUGCAUUUUCCGCACUAUGGGGAUUUGGGUCAGGAUCCUUCCUUUCUGUUAGUCCAGUAUGCGUAGGGUUGACGUGUCAGGCAAAGGAUUAUGGGAGAUUUUAUGGAACAUGGACUUUUUCCAUGAGCUUUUCAGUUCUCAUAGCUAUACCAGUAAGUGGUCUUUUACUAGACCACAUGGGAACCCAAGCUUUGGCUGCGUUGUUGACUGCCAUCGUGUUUCUUGGAGGUAUUUGCUAUGUAGCUGCACGCGCGUUCAUGGUUGGGAAACUGCUUUCGCCUAAGAUCAAAAUGUAG